AUGGAAACAAUAUUUGGUGUACACCAUGAUACUGCAAGUUUAAGAGAAAAAAAUCGCAAAAAGCUCUAUAAAAAUGAUAGUCAAGAGCAGAUUGAUUUGACGAAUAAGAAUAGUGUAGAAGACACUAUUCAGAAGACGACACAAACGAAACAAGAGUCUUCAAAAUCUUUUGAGAAAUUUGGACCUAUUCAUUCAAUUUUUAGAGAGAGAUUUUCUAAAUCACCGAUCGUCUCUCCUCACGUAACUCCACCAGGCUCUCGUCCUUCGACUCCGUUAUCAUUUGAUGUGCAACAAAGUGGCGAUAACGUUUUUGAUCAAAUUAAUUCUAGUUCUCAAAUUCCAACUCCAUUGACACGAGUACCUUCUUAUCAUCAUGAUACUCAUGAUACUACAAUUAUUCAGAAUGUAAAAAAGAAUCUUCCUUGUGUAGGAGAUAUUGAAGGUGAUAUUAUCAACCGUCCUUCUUCUCCUUGGAGUUUACAAGCAAAAAGUGGGGAUGAAUUAGGGAAUGGAACUGAAAAGAAUCUAUUUAAGAAGAACUGA